AUGCCAAGCUCCCCAGCAGCUCUACUGAAGGGAGGGGGCGAUGCGAGGCCCCAGCAGUCCUCCUCGGGGUGCCUGGUGCCCAGGGUGAUGGAGACCUGUCGGCCUGCCACCACCUGGGCCCUCCUCCUGGCCACACUGGGCUCCGUGGCCAGACUAUCCCUGGCGGCCACCUCUGGCUGUGCUGCCCGGCACCUCGCCAGAUAUAGCAUCACCUUCACGGGCAAGUGGAGCCAGACAGCCUUCCCCAAGCAAUACCCUCUGUUCCGGCCCCCUGCACAGUGGUCUUCCCUGCUGGCUGCACGCACAGAAGGCACGCUCACCUCCACUUACUUCAACAUAACAAAUUCUCCUGCGUACCAUCCGUGCCCUGGGUCGGUCUCCUUUGUGGUACGCAUCGUGCCCAGCCCCGACUGGUUUGUGGGUGUCGACAGUCUGGACCUCUGUGAGGGCGGCCACUGGAAGGACCACAUCUCCGUGGAUCUGUUCCCCUAUGACGCUGGCACGGACAGUGGCUUCACCUUCUCCUCCCCCAACUUUGCCACCAUCCCUCAGGGCCCGGUGACUGAGAUAACAUCUUCCUCCCCGAGCCACCCUGCCAACUCCUUCUACUACCCGAGGCUCAAGUCCCUGCCGCCCAUCGCCAGAGUCACGCUGGUGCGGCGCCGGCACAGCCCCAGGGCCUUCGUGCCGCCCACUCCCGACCUGGGCGGCCGCGGCAAUGAGAUCCUGGACGCCCUCCCAGCUCCUGAGACGCCGCUGGACUGCGAGGUGUCCCUGUGGUCCUCCUGGGGGAUGUGCGCAGGACACUGUGGGAAGCUGGGUACUAAGAGCAGGACCCGCUAUGUUCGUGUGCAGCCCGCCAACGAUGGGACGCCCUGUCCUGAGCUGGAAGAGGAGGUUCACUGCACCCCUGACAACUGUGUCUAG